CAGCAUCAUGGAACAAUUAACAGAAGACCCGUCACUACCUAGUCUACUUGUUGAUUGACCUAGCACGCUCCAAAUACUUGCUGGUUAUUCUCUUCACAUUACGGUAUCGAAUCUGAAGUGCGAUGUAUAAUAAAUUACAGAAAAAGCACUCUUACAGCUAGGUUGUUGCUGGCUAGAUUGAGCCAUCUGUUGCAAUCAGCUUGUUGCUAUCUACGCACAAUCGGGCUUCGUCCUUUUCUCGGUGAGAACCACCGACGACGACAUCGUUCGUGUGCCACUCCAGGCUCCGGUUACUCACGCGCGCCCGAGAGCUUUCCCGGCUGAUGGUGCUGUAUCCUUUUUCGAGUUCGUGUCGAGAGUGGACUUGUCGGAUUGUGAGGCUGGAUACUGGCCGCCAGUUGAUUGAUAAGAUUGCUCCUCGUCUGACUCGUUUGGCUGCCUGGAGAGCCAAGGCGCGAUUGCUCCUUCUGGAUCAGAAACAAUAUAUUAUUGUAUUGUGCACCAUAUACUGUUAAUGAGUGUGCCCUUGUACAGUGUACAUAUACAUUGCUCUUCUGGUGGAUACUUUCCGUUCCGGUUCCGUGCGUUUGAAGGAUACACGAAGAAGAGCUGCUUUCAUCUAUUUUUGUGAUUGAAAAGAAUUGCACUUGCACGCGAUACAUUGCGCCAACAAAUCGUCGGUGAUUUAUAUCAAUCUUUGAAUCUCGGUGUGAACCUUCUGUCUGGUGUUAAUGAGAUUAUACUGAUUGUGAUCGAAGCUGGAGAAGAAGGAUACAGAUAUAAAAAAAGAGCAAAAGUGACCCGGAAAAGUUUAAAUUGAUUCUAGUGAGUGAGUGGAUAAUAAAGUUAUACUCGGCGACGGAUGUUCAACAAUCCGAAUUAAACAGUGAAAAGCAAACUUUUCUUCUUCCUGGAAUGAUAGGGCACGUGAAAAAUAAUAUCGUUGUGUUAGUGAAAAACGUAUAAAAGUUCGUGUAAAUUCAUCGAUGGUGUGUAUUGGAUCAGCCUACGAGCGCUGCAAUCUGUAAAGUAGUUAAUACUGAACGCUGAAACGAUAGUGCUGUACAAUUAAUGACUCAUCAAGAGAGCUGUUUUGAACAAUUGUAAGGUCCAAUUUGAUGUUUUAGUCGGAUACAUUUCUUUCUCUGCGGAUGCAUAAUUGGUUUACAAGUUUAAUCUUAAAUUCGUGGAAAACCUCGUGAACGUUACAAUCACACAUCCGGCCAGAGUGUGCAUAUCAUACGUCACGUUCACUACAGACGACGACCAUAGCGAGCCGGUCGGUCAGACAAACCGGAAACGUGGAGCGUACACAACGAAAACGAGAAAAUCCGAGGUGGUGCUGAAUAGGCGGUGUUGAACCGACACCGCAGACGGAGCCAAAAUGGAUUCUUUCUUCAGACUGCGACGAUCGUCCCAUGCGCCUAGUACCAGCAAUCAAGAGCCGUUAAUCGUGGUGGAAGAAUCGGAAAAUUGCGAAAAAGAGGAGGAAAUCAGUCACACCUCGUCGCCGCGGCACAGUUUAGAUAUCGACUCACCCGAAAACCCAUAUCUCCUCUCGCCAUGGCGUGACCCCCGGGAAACCCGUAAACAUUCCCUGCCAACGCCACCAUGCACCAGCGGCAUCACGGCCAGCCAGGUGCGACGCCUCUCGGAGCGCGGUGGGGAAGGUUCCGGGCCGUCGCCCCGCGAGCAAGCGUUCCUGGCCACAUUGUACAGUUCACCAGCGCCGCAACCCGGAGGCCGGAGACAUUCGGUCGUCACCAUCAGCAAGGUUCCACCGACGCUUUUCGGCCGCAAUCGACGGGAAUCCAUUGCUGCGCUUCCUGCUGGACAGAGAUCCGCAGCAAGUUCUCGUCGAGAAAGCAAAACCGGCCCACCGCCAUCAACAGAUCAUAGAGGUAGUAUACACAAUUUACAAUUAGAUAUAAUGGAUGAUAUAGUACAAGCUAGAAAGGCGCGUAUGAAGUUAUGGAAUACGAGCAAUGAGAAAGUAUGUGAAGUUCAAACACUGGAUGAAGCUGGUGCUGGUUCUAGUUCGCCAAUGCGUUACACAAAUAGGCGUUACUCGGAUUUUGUGGGUACGACGUUGCCGCCAAUUCAGUCGUUCAGACGCGCAUCCGAAAUGCCUAUUUCGCCCUCUGUCCCGCUAACACCAGCAACAGCGUCAUCAUCGAAACAAAUUACCGCGUCACCAAAAACCACCAUAUCGGGAAUAGUCUGUACAAAUACUGACCUAAUAUCUCUUCUAUCGUCCCUAGCUUCUUCGGCAACUGAAAUAAAUAGAUGUGGUGAUAAAGACUACCCAACCCCUCAAACUCCUCAAUCAUCAUCAUCAUUUAAAUCCAUCACUAAAAUCCCUCCAGAAGUAAGCGGUAGCAAUCUAAAGAAAAAUCGAUCCAAUAGUUUUGACAUUUCCCUGUAUCACAAUAUCAAACAACUGGCGACCGGGUCAAGCUCGAGCGCAACUGAGCAGGAGAAGUCCUCCGUUGAGCCGGGAUGGUUUGCCAAGCGACACCAACCGAUGGCACGGAGAAAAUCGAUGUGUAAAUCUCCCAAUGCUACAGUGUCAUUCGCCAAGGAAGCAAUAGACAAACUGCGUGACAAAACGGACUCCAAGGCGGGAGAGUCCGCAAAGCCGAAAGCCAAGGAGUCACGGUCACCGCUGAGCAAGUUGAAGUGGGACGGUAGAAGUGCGAUUGUGGAUGCGCGUAUGAUUGGACAUGCCAUCGAGAACUUCAUCACGGGCUCUGGCUCAUCGAAGAAGUCGUCAUCCAGCGCGAAGGACUCCUCGGCAAAGUCGAAGAAAUCCUCGUCCUCUUCGUCCAGCUGGUUUGGGAAGGCCGACGAUGACGAUUCGAACGAUACCUGCGAUUCGUCGCUGUGCUCAACACUGAAGGAUCUGUUCGUGAAGUAAAUCAACUAACUAGUGAGUGCGUGCAGUGUGCAGUGGGUCAGGCAUAUAAAGCCUAGAAAGCGGUGCGGUGGUGUGGGAUGGUAGGUUUCGCAUAAAAAUGAAUAGCUAAGAAUGCGUAGAAAAAUAUGUGGCAUAUUGCAUUCUUUUAAAACAACACUUCAUUAUACCAAGCAAGACAGCCAAGAUUCGAAAUAGCAUCAUGCGGAGACUGCCUCUACGUCGAACGAACUAUGGGAUACACGGUGCGAUCAGCGGCUUGCAGCGGGUAUUCAAUAGAGUAGCUUCGUUGUUCGAUUUCCACUUCUCACGUGAGACUCUUCUUCGGGGCUUAGGGACAAAACGUCGAAAGACAAAACGUCGAAUGCCAAAACGUCGAAUGCCAAAAGGUCGAAUGCCAAAACGUCGAAAGGGACAAAACGUCGAAAGUACAAAACGUCGAAAAUGAGCAAAUAGUGAAUUCUUUAUUCUUUUUAGGGAAACUCAUUCUUUCACUUGUACCAGCCAACUAGUUUACAGGGGAGCCUUCCUGAGACUCCCUGAAACAACACCUUAGGGUCGGCAUGUGUCUUGACCAGUUCUUCGCGGGUAGGGAAUAUUAGCACUGUCUUUAUCCAUUUGGACCAUUCCUGACUUUUUCGGUGUCUCUUCUACUGGCACCUAGUGUUGUAUUUGAACUGUUUGUUUGUUUGUUUUUUUUAUUAACGACCCUUUAAUCAAACAUGAUCAUUCGGGUCGGAAUACGAAUUCAAUACAUAUAGCAAAAAACACAAUUACAAAUCACACAUUAUUUACUAUUGGAUUUGGAGUCUCGUCUACGCAUUCCUCUAUCAAUGCUGUUUUGCACCCAGGCAAGCCAUGCAUCCAUGUCGUUGCGGUCGGGCUCGGGCUCCGACUCAUCAUCCUUCCAAUCGGUACUCAUAUCAACAUCUGGGAUGCGCUCUCCGUCUCCCUGCU